CACGCCACCGUUCUGAGAUCACACAAUAACAUCCCCUGCUUUUCUCUGCCGCCGCCGGCUUCAACAAACGUCAUUUCAAUGAAUGAAAAUGCGCUAUUUUUUUGUCUACAAAGCAAGUUAACUGAUAAAAUAGGAGAAGUGUGCGUUUAGGCGGUGAGGCGCGAAGCUGGCGAGGAGAUGUGCUGUUCUGCCCGCCAAUCCUCUAAACCAGCGAAGAGUCAGGACUCACUUCCACUGUUCAGGAAGCGCCCACCUCGGGUUUCCCGCAGCCGAAGGGAGUUUGAGUGACUUUUGGCCCCUCGCGGCCCCUGUAGCGUCCCUAGUUACUGAGCCCCUAGUAACCGCCCGCCCCAAUCCAGGAGCCGCUGGCAGGUCUGAGUCGGCGCCAGCUCCCCCGCCCCGGGCCAGCGCGGGCGCUCAGGCCUCCGCGGCGCGGUGAUGGCCGCCUCGCACCGAGCGGCGAAGCUGGAGGCCUCCAGUCUCCAAACUCCGGAAAAUCCCAGCGUCGGAGCGCAGGUCGCCCAGAAUGAACGCGAAGACCCUUCGGAGGCCCUGGCGGCAGCGGCGGCGGCGGCCUUAGAGGAGGAAGAAGGAGACGAAGAGGAGAAGGCGGUGCUGCCGGCGCUGGCGGGGACUGAUUUUAACACCAACAUUUCUGAGGUGGACGAACAAACACAUACAAGCAAGGAGGACUUUGUGGACUUUUCUGAUAUAUACCACUCGAAUGAAGAGUAUUUUAGGAAGCUAGAAGAGCUGAAAGCUGCCCACUUGGAAACUAUGGCAAAGUUAGAGAAGAUGUACCAGAAUAAAUUAAAUUUAAAAGAAGUUCAGCCAGUGAUCAUCAGGGAAGAAGCUUCUAGUGUCUCUUCCAGGUCUGAUUCAGAAAAGAACUCCUAUCACACAAUCUCGUUAAUGACAUCAUUUUCAGAGCCUGAUUUAGGACAGUCGUCCUCCUUGAUUAUGUCUUCCUCUGAAGAUGAGUUGCCAAACUCAGAAAAAGAGUAUCCUGAAAAAAAGAGGGUGAUGAGCUAUGCUAAAGAACUCAUUAACAACAUGUGGACAAAUUUUUCUGUUGAAGAUUAUAUUCGGUAUAAAGAUGUUGAUUUCCCGGCAGUUGAAAAAACAAAGAAGAAACCAAGAGAAUGGGUGCCAAGGAUUACAGUACCUGAGCCUUUUCAAAUGAUGAUUAGGGAACAGAGGAAAAAAGAAGAGAACAUGAAAUCUAAAUCAGAUAUUGAAAUGGCACACCAAGUGCUCAGAGAACAAGAAGAAGAAUCAGAGUGUAAGAAAAAAUUCCGAGCCAAUCCAGUUCCUGCAUUCGUCUUUCUCCCCCUUUAUCAUGACAUAGUCAAGCAAAAUGAAGAACGCAGGAGGCGUUUGAAGGAAAAAACCAAAGAAGCUCUUUUGGCUUCACAAAAACCAUUUAAGUUUAUUGCAAGGGAGGAACAGAAGCAAGCAAUCCGGGAAAAGCAGCUGAGAGACUUAUGCAAGUCUAAAAAGAAAACAAAUCAAUUUAAGGCCAGACCUAUACCUCGAUCUACUUAUGGCUCAACCGUAAGCUCAAAGUUUAGCUCAACCUCCAAUGAAAAAUUAAAAGAAGAAGAGCUCUAUAGAGAGAUUGUGACGCAGCUGAGGGCCCAAGAGCUUUUGCAGUAUUCAUCUCCUCUGCCUUGUAGGUCAGGUCUCAGAAGCUGUGCUCCGAGGAAGCUCAAGUGUCCUGAACAGGUUGAAAAGUUGAAGCGUAAACACGAGUUGAGAUGCCAAACUGCCAAUUUUGAAUACCUUCCUGAGAGAUACCGGAAACACCCCUCAGAACAGAAGUGUUCAGAACUCCUAACCGUUGGCCGUAAACCAUCUGGUCUUCAUGCGGCCUCUAGCGCAUCCUCUAAAAGAGAGAAAAUUCUGGCAGACAUUGCAGCAGAUGAAGAACAUUUAAAAGAAACACGGCCUAAUCUCUCUCCAAGGCACAAACUGACAGUAAGAAGUGCAAGUGCAAAGCCUGUGCCUUGUAACUGCAACCCUCCAGUGCCCACAGUGUCUUCCAGAGGAAGAGAGCAAGCCACGAGGAGAUCACUUGAGGAAAAGAAAAUGUUGGAAGAAGAGAGAAAUCGGAUCCUAACUAAACAGAAGCAAAGAAUGAAAGAAUUGCAGAAACUCCUGACAAUCCGGGCUAAGGCUUAUGACUCACAUCAAAGUUUAGCUCAAAUGUCUAAAUCCAGAGUCAAAUCUCUCAGAAAGAGUGAAAAGGAAAGGAUGAGAGAAUACCAGCGAGAACUAGAAGAAAGAGAAGAAAAAUUAAAACACAGGCCGCUACUAUUUGAAAGAGUUGCUCAGAAAAAUGCAAGAAUGGCAGCAGAAAAGCAAUAUUCUAACACCCUAAAAGCACUAGGACUGUCUGAUGAGUUUGUUUCAAAGAAAGGCCAAAGUGGAAAAAUAAUUGAGUACUUCAGCAAUCAAGAGAUGAAGAGUUUCACUGAAGAUAAAGAAAGCUUUGAGGAAGAAGAAAAAAGAGAAGAAAGAGAGAGUGGGGAGGAAAAUCAUUUUAUGGAUACGAACAGCCAGGAUUCUUACAAGGAAAAAGAGGAAGCUGAUGAAGAGAGUGGAGAAGAAGAAUCUGUUACAGAGUAACACAGUACCUGCGGCUCUCCCGUCUGUGCCUGCACUGUCGAUGGCAGCCCUGGGCCUAACCAUCUAUGCUUGUGGUGUGAAGAACAUCCGUGAGAGCCCUCCAAUAGGUACAGGGCUCUUGAGCAAAGUCAUCUGUAACCUGAAAAGGCCAAGUCCAGCCAAACAGUUGUCAGUUCAGUUAGGGUAAGGCUUUGCCUAGUCAGGUUUUUUAAUCACUCCUAAUGGUUCGCAACUUUGAUCUUACUUUUAUUCUUUAAAAAAGCAUUUGAGAAUCAUAGUUGUCACAAACUGAUUGGUUAGAAAAGUAUGUGUUACUUCUGUAUUUGGUAUGGAAACAAAUGGUGUGGCAUUGAGAGCAGAAAUAUUGGCUUUUGGUGAUUCAAAAAAAUUUUUCUGGAAAGUCUGAAUCAAUAAAUCUUCAAAUUAUACUAUUUGCCCAUUCUUUUCCUCUGUGAUACAUCUCACAAAAUGAAUCCUCAUACUUGUUUUACUGGGUAUUUAAAGUUUCUUAUCUGAGCCAUUUUUUAAAAAAGUAAUAAAAUAUAGGGGUGCCUGGAUGGCUCAGUGGGUUAAAGCCUCUGCCUUCGGCUCAGGUCAUGAUCCAGGGUGCUUGGAUCAAGCCCCGCAUUGGGCUCUCUGCUCAGCAGGGAACCUGCUUCGCCCUCUCUCUCUGCCUACCUCUCUGCCUCCUUGUGAUCUCUGUCUGUUAAAUAAAUAAGUAAAAUCUUAGGGAAAAGUAAUAAAAUAUAGAAAAAAAUAUGUCCUUACAAAUUUGCGUUCAUUACUGUACUGUUUGCUGUUAAAUUAUCCACACUAUCAUGACUUUUUCUUUUUAUCCCUAGUUUUUUUCCAAAUUAUUUUGAUAUGUAAAUUGUUAGAAAAGUUUUUAUACCAGGUAUUUUUUUUUAACUUUGUGUAUUAUGACAGAGGUAAUUAUAAAAAUCUGUGUUAAAAUCUUAAUUGGAGGUAAAUAUCCACACUUGUAUAUAUGAUGAAAUUGUGCAUAAUAAUUUGUCCAAGGCAAAUCUCCAAAGUAAUUCAGAUUUAACUCUUUAAUAGUAGACCUGGUUGUGCUCAAAUUUUGUACAUUAUUGUGGAUAUAUCUUGUCUUUCUGUGCAUGAUGGUAAUUUGUAUGAAUCUAUCAUUUUUCCUCUUUAAGCAAAUUUUUGUUUUUAAAAAGUUCAAACCAGACAUAAAGAUGUGAUAGGAUAAGACAUUUUAUUUUCUAAAAACAACCUCCUCUAAAGAGAAUGAACUAAUUAAGGUAUUUAUAAUAGCAGUGUUUCCCAGGUGGAAAUGUAUGCUUUAAAUUAAGAAAUAAGGCGAUUUUUCUCAAGGGCACAUGAUUCCUUGUAAUUCCUUCCUACAGUUUGUGUUAAAACUAUUUGUCACUAUAAUUAGAUUCUAAACUCUCUGGGAGUUGGAACCAUUUUAAAAUUCAUCUUUGUAGUCCUUUAAUAUUUUGCCCAGGAUUGUGUAUUUGGUAGGCACUUAAUAAAGGCUUGGAUGAGUAAGUAGA